AUGGCGAGGGCCCCGGCCUGGCUGCAGCCCAGGCAGAGGAAGAAUACCUAUCUCUUCAUCUAUUAUUUAAUCCAGUUCUGCGGUCACUCAUGGAUCUUUACAAAUAUGACAGCCAGAUUCUUUACAUUUGGAAAAGAUUCAAUGGUUGACACUUUUUAUGCUAUUGGACUUGUGAUGCGCCUUUGCCAGUCCGUUUCCCUGCUGGAAUUGCUGCAUAUAUUUGUUGGCAUUGAAUCAAACCAUCUUCUCCCCAGGUUUCUGCAGCUCACAGAGAGAAUAGUCAUCCUCUUCGUGGUCAUCACCAGUCAAGAGGAAAUCCAAGAGAAAUAUGUGGUGUGUGUUUUAUUCAUCUUUUGGAAUCUGUUGGAUAUGGUUAGGUACACCCACAGCAUGCUGUCCGUCAUAGGCAUCUCCUACUCCGUCUUGACGUGGCUCAGCCAGACGCUCUGGAUGCCCGUCUAUCCUCUGUGUGUGCUCGCCGAAGCAUUUGCCAUUUACCAAUCGCUGCCUUAUUUUGAAUCAUUUGGUACCUACUCCACCAAGCUGCCCUUUGACUUCUCCAUCUAUUUCCCGUAUGUGCUGAAGAUAUAUCUCAUGAUGCUCUUUAUAGGAAUGUAUUUUAUCUACAGUCAUCUGUACUCAGAAAGAAGAGAUGUCCUUAGAGUCUUACCCAUCCAGAAGAAGAAAAUGUGA